UAUAUAUAUAUAUCAUCCGGUCAGUGUAUACCAACUGCGGGUGUUCCCCAUAUUGGUCAUCCUCUCGGUGUUGGAACAGAAAACAUAGUAUUACGUAGUGCACAUUGCGCGUACAUUAUUUACAACAUGAGGUCCCGAGGGGAUGACCAUUGGUACGAAGGAGUACUCUACUCGACGACGACGACGACGACGACUCGUUGAUGUGCUCAUCGACUCCGAAAUCGAGAGGAGCGAAAGAUGAUGGACGCGGCGCUGAGGACGCUCAACCACCAGGAGGUCGUGCACGAGGGGUGGCUCAUCAAGUCGCCGCCCAGCAAGCUCUGGAAAGCGAGAUGGAGAGAAAGAUGGUUCACACUGAGGCACAGCGGGGAAUUGCCCGGCCAGUACUUUUUGGAGUAUUACACAGACGGCAGGUGCAGGAAACUCAAAGGCAAGAUCGAUCUCGAUCAGUGCGAACAGGUCGAUGCGGGCUUGAGUUUCGAAAACAGAAAAGAAAAGUACCAGCACAUGUUCAACAUAAAAACGCCAAAAAGAAUUUACUAUCUCGUGGCGGAAAACGAGUCUGUCAUGAACAAGUGGGUGGAUGCCAUUUGCCAAGUGUGUGGAUUGAAGGCUUACACCCAGGACGACGAUCAGCAGUCACAAGUGUUUUCAUUUGACACGGGAGAAUCGCCGCCUAUCUCGCCGACCAGCACCUUGUCGAACCCGUACAUUCCGAUAAGCGAGUGUAUAUCGGGGCCACGCCCAAUCGACGAUAACAAUUUUGUUAAUCACCACCAUGGUGUACAUAAACAUAUCGACCAUUACGACGCUACGAAAAGACUGAUGCCGACACCCCCGAGGUCUCCAACAAUCACCGACGCCGAUAGCGUCAUUACCGACGACGAGUCCCUUCCUUCUUCGCUGCCCAACGUUAACUGGGAUACUUUCCCUUCUGCUGGUGACUUGAAGCCAAAUUUCAAAUCGAAGAAGCGAUUUGGAAAACUGAAAACGGAGCCAGUCGUUGUCGCCGCUCCUAAACAGGGAACGAUUCCACCGAGGCCGCCGAAACCAAGUCACAACUAUUUGAAUUUGGACGGCGUGACUGAGAACGCAAAGCCGAGCGCGUUGCCCACGCCCACCCAAUUAUCGAAUGACCUGUUGAACAAUUCGAGUAGCACGCCUUUGAAAACUCGACAGGUAGCGAUAACGAAAGCGGACGUCAAUACGUUGAACAAACUGCAAAAGUUGCAGCAGAACACGAAAAAAAUCCUCAACACGGACGACCACGUGUUUCGUUACGAUUUCGACAACAACGUCGAACAAUCGGACGUAUCGUCGGUCAAGUGCUCGAACCUGUCGAUGAGCCCUUCCAACAAGGACAAAAACAACGCAGUGCCCAUGAUAAUCGUGCCACCGCCGCCCCCGCCGCCAUUAGUCAAUAGAGGAUUGAAGCCGGGCAGGAAAACUAGUGAUUCGAAUCAAAGCCAUGAACUGUCUCCUACUGUAAGUAACAAAGAUGCCAGUGAACUCUUUGCAGAACCACCCAGUAUCAAUAGAAGGUUGAAACCGGCUCAUGCUAAAUCGCCCGACAGAGAUUUGACGCAACUUGACUCGCCUUCCGUGAAGAGAAAAACCAAACCGAUUCCUAGUCCAAUAAUGAUGUCCAAGUUACAGAAAGGUCGUCUACCGUCGGUAUCGGACGACGAAAACGUAUUCGACGAGAAAGAAAAAAUAUACUACUACCAUGACAAUGAAAACCAAGUACCGGCGUCGAACCGCAACCUGGUGAUUUUGCAAUACGUAGAUUUAGAUUUAGACACCGACAAUGCAAAUAGUCCUACUGUGCAGCAGCAGCAAUCUCCGUUGGCCACUACAGUGUACAAAACUGUCGAUUUUGUUAAAACUGAAGCAUUCAAUCGCACAAGACAGAGGGUCGAGGAAGAGAGAAAGCAAUGCAACGACGAAUUGACAUAGUUUAGUCGUUUCAACAGAUUGUAAAAAAAAAAA